AUGUUCUAUCGCCCGGGUGUCGGGCUGUCUGCAUACAGACGUCUCGUCGCCGUGGCCGACGCAUGGCUGGUCCGACGUGUGGAGGAGUUUGACCUCAGCCAGGCCGUCGGUGUCGGCGGGCUGACGGCGGCCGCCGGAAUCGCGAUUCGCUCUGCCAGCUGCCAGCAGCCUCAGGAAGCGGCAGCGUGGGAAGCAAAGCAGAUGGAGGCGGCGCGGCAUGCCAAGGAGCUGCUGCUGGCGGAGGUUGAGCGGCUAAGCUCAACGAGGAGUGCUGUGCAGUUAGAGAGCUCGUAG